AUGUUUGUCGCAGCAGAAAUGAAAGAUGUUAUUAGAGUUACACCUGAAAACUUCCAUCACAGUCUAAAACAUUCAAUAACAACCUUAUUAAAUAGAAAACUUGCAAACAAGGUAGUUUUAAAUGUAGGUUUAUGCAUCGCACUGUAUGAUAUUACACAUAUAGGCCAUUCUUACACUUUUCCUGGCGAUGGUUCGUCACAUACUGAAGUAAAAUUCAAGUACAUAGUGUUUAGACCACUUGUUGAAGAAAUAUUAAUAGGAAAAAUACGGAGUUGUAGUAGAGAAGGUGUUCACGUUACGUUGGGUUUUUUUGAUGAUAUUUUAAUACCGGUCAAUGCUCUACAACAUCCAUCUAGAUUUGAUGAAACAGAUCAGGCUUGGGUAUGGGAGUAUCCAAAAGAAGAUGGAGAAAAACAUGACCUGUUUAUGGAUGCAGGCGAGCCAAUUAGAUUUAGAGUGACGAGUGAGGUCUUCGAAGAAAGUUUGCCUACUGGUCCACCUGGCAGUGAACGUCCUGUACAUACUAUUGCCCCUUAUAAACUUACAGCUGCUAUUAAUGAACCAGGCCUAGGUUUACUGACGUGGUGGGAAACAGCCGCUCAAGGAGAUGACGAUGACAAUAAUGAUGACCAAGAUAAUGAAUAAUAAUAUAUGUAUUAAUAUAUUUUUAUUAAUAUAUUAAUAAUUGUCAUUAAAACGAUCCAAUCUGUAGCAACCCAAUGCUAGGCAUGGGCCUCUUAGAUCUCCAUGUAGGAGAAAGGUAGAGUCGGAACUUAAUCCAAGACACUGCAGGUCGGCGUAUAUAUUCCCUACUAUGGGUGACGAUCGAUAUCAGGUGUCUAUGACAACCGAGACUGACUGCUUGUCCGAGGCACAGUGGCGAAACCAACAGGGUCAGACAACCAGACAGGAAAUGAAAUAUUGUAAAUACAAAUAAUUAAUUAAACAUAUUCCCGAGUGGGAAUUGAACCUGUA